UGAGAUGUUUUGGCCGGUGGCUUUAAGUAAAUGAGAGAGAAGCUGCCCAGAGAAAAGUCACCACAGUGCUUUCCUCUCUUUGACACCAUAUGCUCCAAGACGCCGCAAUGGAUUCCUGCUUUCGCGCACUCUGCAUGACUUUUGUCCUCGCCUCGUUCACGCGGAGGUCAGGUGCGCUCGGACCUGUUGUCAGAUGCGAGCCGUGUGACGUCGCAGCGCGCCUUUUGUGCAAACCCUUGCCCAAGGACUGCGCGGAGAGAGUCCGCGAGCCGGGCUGCGGCUGCUGCAUGACCUGCGCGCUGAGCUUCGGUCAGCCGUGCGGCGUGUACACCGGGAGAUGUGGCUCCGGACUGACAUGUCAACAUCAGCCCGGCGAGACGAAACCUCUGCAGGCUCUGCUGGAGGGACGGGGGAUUUGUGCGAACGCAACUCACAAGAGAGCGACCGUCAGACCGACGCUUCCAGUCAAUGAAUUACCAGCAGAGAGCAUCGACAACCAGGACAAGGAGCGUAAUUCCACUGGCCCAGGCCUCCAGGUGUUGUACAGCACCCACAGACCCUCGGGACCCGUGAGACCUCCGCUUCACCCUUUCUCCCCCUCUGCCAAGUCAGAAGCCCUGAGACAGGAGCAGCAGAAGCGAACCCAGAGCUUUAAAAUGGACGAGCUCCCGGGACCACUCAUCACAGACCAACAAAACUCUCUGGAGACCAAACAGGAGCCUGAGUAUGGUCCCUGUCGGCGAGAGAUUGAGAGCAUUCUCAGCAGCCUUAAAAUUACAGACAUUCUCAACCCCAGAGGUUUCCGCAUACCAAACUGUGACAAGAAGGGCUUCUAUAAGAAAAAGCAGUGCCGUCCAUCUCGAGGCAGAAAGCGCGGCUUCUGUUGGUGUGUGGACAAAUACGGGCAGCCUCUGCCAGGUUUCGAUGGGAAGGAGCGAGGAGACACCCAGUACUACAACUCCGAGAGCCAAUAGGAACAGAGCAGG